UGAGGUAUCAGCUGAGCGUCGGGGCUUCCGGUUAGGCAGAGAAGAGAGGAGUUGGUGCUGGUUGAGGUGGGCGCAGAGGCUUCCGGGGCUGCCGGGUUUAGGCUGCUGGGCGCUGGGCUGGGGAGAUGUUCCGAACAGCCAUCAUGAUGGCUGCCAGCCUGGCCUUGACCUCUGCAGUGGUGGCGCACGCCUAUUAUCUUAAGCACCAGUUCUACCCAACGGUGGUGUAUCUGACGAAGUCCAGUCCCAGCAUGGCGGUGCUGUACAUUCAAGCUUUUGUCCUGGUGUUCCUAUUAGGCAAAUUCAUGGGCAAAGUGUUUUUCGGACAGCUCCGAGCAGCGGAAAUGGAGCAUCUGCUUGAGCGGUCAUGGUAUGCAGUGACCGAGACCUGCCUUGCCUUCACAGUCUUCAGGGAUGACUUCAGCCCCCGUUUUGUGGCCCUCUUCACUCUCCUCCUCUUCCUCAAGUGCUUCCACUGGUUGGCUGAGGACCGUGUGGACUUUAUGGAGAGGAGCCCAAACAUUUCCUGGCUCUUCCAUUUUCGCAUUGUCUCUCUGAUGCUGCUCCUGGGCAUUCUGGAUUUCCUGUUUGUCAGCCAUGCCUACCACAGCAUCCUCACACGGGGAGCCUCCGUCCAGCUGGUCUUUGGCUUUGAGUAUGCUAUCCUCAUGACGAUGGUGCUCACCAUCUUCAUCAAAUACAUCCUGCACUCCAUCGACCUCCAGAGCGAGAACCCUUGGGACAACAAGGCCGUCUACAUGCUCUACACAGAGCUCUUCACAGGAUUCAUCAAGGUCCUCUUGUACAUGGCCUUCAUGACCAUCAUGAUCAAAGUGCACACCUUCCCACUGUUUGCCAUCCGACCCAUGUACCUGGCUAUGAGGCAGUUCAAGAAAGCUGUGACAGAUGCAAUCAUGUCCCGCCGAGCUAUUCGCAACAUGAACACCCUGUACCCCGACGCCACUCCAGAAGAACUGCAGGCCAUGGACAAUGUGUGCAUUAUCUGCCGGGAGGAGAUGGUAAUGGGUGCAAAACGCCUGCCUUGCAACCACAUAUUCCACACCAGCUGCCUGCGGUCCUGGUUCCAGCGCCAGCAGACCUGUCCCACGUGCCGGAUGGACGUCCUCCGAGCCUCCCUCCCCACUCAGUCGCAGACCCCCCCUGAGCAACAGGAGGGAGGGCAGCAACCGCAGCAGCAGCAUCAGACUCCACUGAUUCCUCAGCCGCCAAACUUUCCCCAAGGCAUCCUGCCCCCUUUCCCCCCAGGGAUGUUCCCGCUAUGGCCGCCCAUGGGCCCCUUCCCUCCAGUGCCUGGCGUCCAGCCACCCAACAAUGCAGACAACGCUUCAGCAGCCACUCCCUCCACCUCAGGAACACAAACAUCAGCAGGCGCCUCGAGGCCCAGUGGCGAUUCAGCAUCCGGAUCAGACACCACAGCCCCUGCAGGGACAGUGCCUGGUUUCGCCUUCCCUCCGCCUUGGAUGGGGAUGCCGUUCCCACCUCUCUUUGGUUUCCCUCCGAUGCCAGUUCCACCAUCUGGGUUUGCUGGGCUGACAGAGGAAGAGCUGCGGGCCAUGGAAGGCCAUGAGCGGCAGCAUUUGGAAGCCCGUCUCCAGUGCCUGCAGAACAUCCACACACUCCUUGACGCUGCCAUGCUGCAGAUCAACCAGUAUCUCACUGUGUUGGCAACGAUCGGGACGCCCCGUACUGCACAGCCACCAAGUGCCCCAGCUGCUUCAGCACCCCCUUCGGAGACCCCCAGUCCUGUACCUGGAACAAGUGAACCCGCUGCCACCACUUUCCAGUCUGCAGACAGCACCUCUUCACCAGCAGAAGAGACAGACGCGGCAGGUCAAGCAGAUCUGUCCCCAGCAGCAGCCGGUGCCAAGGGCUACACAGAGCCAUCUGGCCAGGAGCAGGAUGGAGCUCAAUCUUCCCCAGAGGAACCAGACACUGCAGAGCUGCGCAGGCGCCGACUUCAAAAACUGGAAUUUCCUCCUUCCUCCUCCCAUUGAUGUCCCUGCUGCCCCCUCCCAGCCUGUGCUAUUUCUUUCCCUUUUCCAAAAAAAGAAAAAAAGACAAAGAAAAGCAACAUGCGGUGAGAGAAAGGAGACCUGGAUGCCUUUUACUUGCGCUACUGAGCGCUGAUGCGAUACACGGCCGCCUCUGGGGAGGGGGGGUGCACACUUUUCUGCAGGACUGGAGAGGGUGGGAGGGGGAUGCGCCUCCAAAACUUGACUCUGCCUUGAUUUCUGCCCAUCCUACAACACAGACCAGUCUUAUUCUGACCCCCUCACAGAAGGACAGCAAUGCCUCUAGUUCCCAAGUCUGUCUCGUCUCAGCCAGACGGACUCUGACUCCAUGGGAGCAGCCCGAGGAAGGCCCUCCUUCCCUUUUGCACACCAUCUCCUGGCUGAAAGGGUUUCCCCAUCAACAGUUUUGGAGGGUGGCUUCUCCUGCAAGCAAUUUGCUUUUGUUUGUUUAGUUCUCCAUUUCUGAUUCUGUGGCGGGAUUUUUAGGUGGGUUCUUCGCUGGAUAUUUCUCAGCAAAGCAGCCUUUUCAAUUUUUGGGGGGUGGGGGGUGGUGGAGGCCAACUGGAUGGAACAUAUGCUUGACAUUUUUGUAGAUGCUUUUUUCACAGUAGCCGUUUUAAGGCCACAGCUUCCCACCACAAGGUCUUUUUUACCCUCCCAAACAAACGAACACCCUGGGGAAAUGGCAGGUCACCCCAAUGCUUAAUUUUGCUGGCUCUCUCUGAGCUCGGGUUGAGAGGAGACAUAUUCUUGGCAGCAGAGGGUGUGAGUUCUGUAGCACUUGCUCUCCCCUCUCUCUCUGGGCAUACGGCUUGCGAUUUAAAACUCUUUCAUACUCCCUUACUUGACUUUUAAGCAAGGAUUCCUCCAAGCAGCAGGAGAUGGAGAGGUGGUCCUGGGGUCUCGCUGUGAGAGGGUUACAGGGGGAGGUGGGAUGUGCCCUCCAAGGUGGCCAUCCGUCUGCCUUGCCCCGCUGCUGCUUCAAGGGCUGGAACCAGGUGUUAGUUGACUCUCAGCUGCAGCCUGUGUGGGCCUUGCAAUGCCUAAUCCAGAGUCCCGAGUUCUGAGCAUGCACAAUAUGUGGCAGGCUGUGGGUGCAAUCCUGAGAAAGUUAGAACGAAUGCAAGCACCGUAGGACACCUGAGGGCAUCUGAAAGCACGUUGGUUAAGUGGAACAUCAGCCAUCAAGUCCUCCUAGUGGUGGUUUGCAUUUCCAGUUCUUGCCUUUCCUCUGCUUCCAUUAAUUCCAGGUUUGCCUGCUCGUCUUUGCAAUCCCUGUUCACCCUCUCUUUUCCAAAUGCUCAGAACCAGCAAAUGCUUAUUUGAGAGUCGCCACAGGCAACAGGCCCUCCCCUUCCUCAGCUCCUGAAGCUUCCGGCAAUGGGGAACAGGCCUUUUGCGACCUUCGUGCCUGUGUCUGUCUGGCUUCAUUUCUGGGAAUACCAACACCUCUUUUCUGGCAUCUUCACAAUAAUGUUCAUCAGCUUGUGGAUCCCAGCUACACCAGAUCAAGCUGUCUGAAAGCCAGCAGGGAGAGGAGUGGAGCCUGUGAUGUGGCUCCCCAUGUUACCUGAGCAGCUAUUCUGAGAGUGGGGUUAGGGGGCUGGGAACAUUUGCCUGCCUUUGCAUCUCAUCUCAGUGCACUCAUCUCCAGCUUUGCAGUGGGGUUGGAAGGGGACAAGACUCUUUGAGUGUGAUAUGCUUUCUCCCUUGCUUUUAAAGAACAGGCAGUUUUCAGAAACUAAUUGGGACACAUUCCUCAGCCGGUGGAUCCAGCAGUGUGUGCUUUCCCCCUGCACUUGGGACCCCCAUGCUGUAAACAGUCUGAAGUUGUCAGGCUCCCUCUGGGGUCCCUGCUCCCAUGCAGGGUGGAAAACACUGUCCUGUCCCUGAGAUAGGACUCUGCCCCUUCUCACUGAAACAUCCCAUGCUCCCAGCAAAAUGCUGCAUUGUUCAGCUCAUGGAAUAUGAAAUCCCACCCUCCCCCCACCCCCUGGCAAGAUGCCUGCUUAAUUUUGUUUUCAUUCCUGGGACACCACCUGUAGGACCAUCUAUAUUUGAUGCUAGGCCACCUCAGAUUUCUUUUUUCAGAGAAACUGGGCCACCUUCCUGUAACUUCCAAGUUGUUUUGGGGUCUGAGUUGUCCCACUUCGAGACGGGUUAGGGCAUUGUGACAUGCAGUAUUCAUGUUUGUUACUCAGCAGAAGAGGAAGAAACCAAUCAGUUUAGAUUUGAGGUGGAGGUUGUGGGAAAGGGGCGCAUGGGAAGGGUGGCUUAAAGUAUUGAUUUCAAUAAAAGACUUUGAUCACGGCUCCUGUUAGCUUCAUCUUUCCAAAUUUUGGAAAAGGCUCCCUUGGUCCUUUCUGCACAGUAAAACUGAGGUGGAUUUACAGAAUUGGCAGACAGGAGAAAGUUAGCACGUGCCACGCUUUGUAAUAAGGUGUCCUAAAUCUGACACAGUGGGCACAUCUCUGCAAACCACCUGCCCCUUUGAGGAAGGCAAGAAGCAAGUGACUUUUUCUUGUCCACACCUCCCCUGCGAAUCCAAUUUCGUAACGUUAGGAGGAGAACAUGGCUCCCGUCUCCUUUUGGAAUGUGCAUGUGGCUAAUGUUAAGAAAGAUGCAUACAUCCCCCAGGAGGUAGAAUAUUACGCUCUAAUUGUAGCACUGAAAGACCAUCUGUAGUAGAGCGGUUUUGCACAUGGACCCUUGAGCAGCCUUUCUGUUUCAGGAAGCUGUACAUGUGCAAAAAGAAAAAGAAAUCCUGAAUCAAGUACAUAUCACCAUCUUGCAAAAUGUCCAGUGACCUUGUCUUAAUGCCUGGCGAGAGGUUUUUUUUUUUUUUGUGGGAGAGCUUGCUGUGGGUAGCACAAGGCAGUCGGGUUGAAAUCUCACCCCUCAAUUUCCUUCCUGCCCUUUCUGUGCUUUGUCCCACUAACCCAGGGCUCUGUUGUUCAUAUCCCCCCUCCCCCAUUUCCUACAUUGCGCUGUGGCCUUUCUGCCAGUACCCUUCUUGAUACUUCUACUUUCAAGGAACCCAUAUUACAAUGCUUUGGAAGUGUGUUGCAUGUAAGCCAGAGAUGGGGGACCUGCCAACCUUCCAUGUCUUGUUGGACUCCCAACUCCCAUCAGCCACAGCUGGCGGUCAGGGAUGAUGUGAGUUGUAAUCCAGCAACUUUUGGAGGGUUGCAGGUUCCUCACCGGGGUAUAAAUACUAGAGCCUCUUCUCUUAGGGGGGCAGGCAGGAUUGAUGGUCUGAUCCCAUCAGUUUGGAUUCUGCCAGGGGGUGCAGUUGGUGGCUCUCCCUUCCAUUUGCUGUGCAGGUUUUGCCUAGGCCUAGGAAUGAACCUGAGAUCAAAUAUGCCAUUGUAUAGCACUUUGAAGCAAGUUCGGCUGCUUGCUUUUUCAAUGAGUGAAUGCCAUCGCUCAGGUGUGCAAUGGAUGUGUUCCCUUCUGCCCAAAGCAGCAGGGAAGGGAAACUUUGGAGGAGCAAAAAGCCAAAGGGGACACACACACAAGUGACAGCACCUGUAAUUCAGGCGUGGGAAACCUUUCGCUCUCAAGAUCAGUGUUUCCCAAACUUGGGCCUCCAGCUGAUUUUAGUCUGCAACGCCCAUCAUCCCUAGCUAGCAAAGGCCAGUGCUCGGGGAUGAUGGGAACAGCUGGAGAACCCAAGUUUGGAAAGCGCUGAUCUAGAUGUUGCUGAUGUCUCAUCAGUCCCUGCAAGCAGGUGGUGACUGAGAGGAUGGAAACUCUUAUUCAGCAACAUCUUGAAGGCCAAAAUUCUCCGAACACCUGCUGUAUACAGAAGAAAAGUUGGCAGAAAGGGCAGAAGGAGGGGAGAGAGGUGUGCUCGCGAUUGCUGUGUCUUGCCAGUGGAUUUUCCAUGCUCCUGGCACUGCACACAGCCCAUCAUGGGGGCUUUGAUUUGAAAUGGAGUUGUUUCCACACAAGUGACCCCCUGAAGACCAACAGGCAUUCAGAACCUGUGAUGUCAGUGGACUCCAACUCCCCAUCUCUCUGAUCAAUGGGAGGUGGAGCCCAGCAACACCCAGAGGACCACAGGCUCCCCUAUCCCUGACUUACAAGGAGGCUUUUGAGUUUUUGUGGCCUGUUUGCAGCUGCUCAGCAUAUUAGCCAUGUGUUUCCCUCCCCUCCCGUUUUAAAAAAAGAUAUUUUGAUUUUGUGUACACUUUCUCUCUUGAGAGCAGAGUGGCCUUUCCCCCCACACCUCCAAAAACACAUUUGAAAGUGGCCAGAUUCUGUUACCUUCCUCACAGCCUCUCCUGCAACAUUUCAUGGGUUUUGGAACAGAUAAUUACAUGCAUUUUGACAAAGCAGCCUCCCAGGUUUCACUUCUGCAUUCCGGGUCUUAACCAAAUGAGAUGGCUAGUCAAAGUGAUAGCGGAAAUCCUACAGCUGCUGGAUUCCCCCUUUACAUAAAUAGUGGGAGGGGGAGCGGGAAAUGGUAUUUUGUAAAAACGAUUGCCAUUUUUGUUGUUGUUUACAUGUCAAAUUCAUUGGGUUUUAUCCAAUGCCCAUCAUGGCUUUGAAUGGAUCUGCCUGAGUAUGACCUGGAUUAAACCUGUAAUAUGUCAUUUAAAAAGAAAAAUCUGUUUUCAAAUUGUGUCACCUGGGAGAAGGGAAUUGCUUUGGGAAGAAUCAAUACCUCUGUUCUCAUUUCUUAUUUUUAACAUCAGUGGUGUUCAGCUGGCUCAGGGUCCUUUUGAAGGCCGCAAAUAAUAAUUACUAUUUUUGUCAAACUUGGCUCCUUUAGGAGUUGAUAUGAACGCUGUGUAUUAACAUGGAGGUGAAGGAGGUUUGGAUAAUUAUUUAAUUUUUUUGUAAAUAUUGUAUAAUUUUUAAUAGCUUGAACCGUGUAUAUACGUCAAAUAAAAACUUGCAUUAAAAA